AUGGAAAACGUAGAGGAAGAUGUAAAGUUUAUUGUGGAUGAGACGUUGGAUUUAGUAGGGCUGUCGCCAUCUGACAGUCGUGAGGAGGAAGACAUAGCAGUGUUGGCGACUCCAGAAAAACCACUCCGACGGGGCCUCUCCCACCGAGGUGACCCAAAUGCCGUGGCUCCUACCCUCCAGGGUCCAAGGUUCAGCCUUGGCCCUCUCAGUCCGGAGAAACUGGAGGAGAUCCUCCAUGAGGCCAACCUGCUGGCAGCUCGGCUGGAGCAGUGUGCCCUCCAGGAGCGGGAGACUGCGGGUGAGGGCCCAGCGCCUCGCCAGGUGAAACCCAGCCCUCGGCGGGAGACUUUUGUGUUGAAAGACAGCCCAGUCCGAGACCUGCUGCCCACUGUAAGCUCCUUGGCUCGGAACACUCCCUCUCCAAGCAGCCUGACACCCCGACUCCGAAGCAGUGAUAGAAAGGGGUCAGUCAAGUCUCUUCGGACAACAUCUGGAAAGAGGCCCACCAAUGUGAAGAGGGAAUCGCCCACUUGCAAUCUGUUUCCUGCAUCAAAAAGCCCAGCAUCUUCUCCCCUUGCCCGAUCAACCCCUCCAAUCCGAUCAGCGCCUCCAGUCCGAUCAGCCCCUUCAAUCCAGGGGAAAGCUGGGCCCAGUGGGAGAGCAAGAGCAGGUGAGAAGACCUGGGUAGCAAAGCUUCCUCCCCAGACCUGCCAGCCGAACACCACUCUCCAGCCACAGUGUACUGCCCUGCAAAGGUGGCCAACCUCCAGAUUCUUUGCUGAGUCGGAAAGGGCUUCCAAGACCAAGCACUGCAGGGCACAGAGUUCCUGUUUCCCAGCGACCGAAUCUCCCUGUCCCCAGUGCCACUCGCAGCAAUCUGCAGCCUCCCAGGAAAGCUGCAGUCCCUGGACCCACGAGGUAAAGAAAUCUGGAGAGCAUGCAACAAUUCAGUAA